UGAUUAAAAAUACGUUUUUUACAUGAAUUUUUAAUUACAUAUUUUAUUAUACUACAAAUAAAAAAAUCAUGCUUGCGCGACGUGAUUCUAACAAUUUACCGACAUGCACAAAAUGAUGACUUUACUGGCAGUCGAAAUAUCUUGACUACGUAAUUCUGGCGUUUAACGCGAAUGCAGAUGGCGACACUAAACAGCAAAGAAAGAUGGCCGCAUGAGUGAAAUGCGAGGCGCGAAAUAUUGCAUUUCGUAUAUCGUUCUUUGCGAAAAAAACGUGUGAUAGUGUUGUACGUAUUCGCGAUUAACAGUUCGGUAUUGAUGAAUACUAAUCAACGCAAGUAUAAUUUGUCGUGCAUUGGAUAUCUCUUCAAACUCUGUAUAUGAAUCGUUUUCGAAUCGUUCUGAUCGCAUCGUUCCGAUAACACAGUGAUCCAAAAAGAAUCGUCGAAUAUAUUUCGUACGAUUAGAAUGGUGCACAGUAUCGAGUGACUUUUAUUUAUUUGAAGCGCGACGUAUUUUUGUGCGAACAUUUAUCGAAAGGAAUGCACAUGCUUCUCCAAAUUGAGAUGAGAUUAAGAUUGCAAAAUAUCGAAGCUUUUUGCAUUGUGUGUAAUCUAAAUCUGUUAACGUACAAGUAUUCGAGUAACGGAAUAAAAGAUAAAGAUUUUGAGAUCGUACAAUUCGCUCUCUGCCAAGGUAUGAAUGCGCACUGACAAUAAGUCACUGAAUGAUGAAGGCGGAAGAACGUUCCGGAAGAACAUUCUGGAAUAUUCUGGAUGCUUCGAAGCGUUUGAUUGACUAAUCAGGAGUAAAAUUUCUUGAUGAACCUGAUUGGUCAGAAGAUCAUAUUAUAAUGCGCAGAGCGUUCUGCGCAGCACAUACACGUGUCUUCUGUACACUCCGGGACAACGAUUCGUUCUGCCCCUCUCGCGGGGCAACGGAAGCGUAGUCUCUAACCAAUCCACGUUGCCAGCUGAUUAGUCACUUCCACGUUCCUCUUUCCACCUUGCCUCGCGACAAAGCAGCCACAGAACGAAUCGUUGUCCCGGAGUGUACUUACAUACGUAAGCGUCCUCGAGCGUCUCACGCGUUUGAAUCUGAUUGAGUUCCACGUGCUCCGAAAACAAUAACAGCAGUAUAUAAAUAGAUAUAUAUACGUUAUUAUAAAAUUUGAUUUAAAAUGAAUACAUAUUGGAACAUACUUUAUUUGGAACAUCCGCCGUACGCAACUUGGUCGGUUAAAUCAUUAUCUAAAACAGAUAGAAAUAUAAAUCUUUUUAAAAAUGUACUCAACAAGGCAAUCAAGGAUUUUGAAUCAAUGGAUAUUCUUCAUUCUGAGGCUGCAACCUUAAGUCGCUUCAUAUACCGAAUGAAGAGCAAAUUUCGCAAUGAUAAAGGGUUAAGAAGCAUGGUUGCAUUAAAUAAAGCGUUGAUCAAUUAUUAUAAUAUGUUUUUGCCAAAGGCAUAUAAAAAUUUGGAAUCUAUUAUUGAAAUGGAAGACGGAACCUAUAUAUUACCAAGUAAACAAAUGAUACAAUAUGUACUUGUGAGGACACAAGGUUUUGCAAAGCUUAUGACUCAAAUAGGAAAUACAGCAAGAUAUGCCGCACAUUUUCUUAAAGCACGAAUAUCAUUAGGUCAUGCAUGGAGUAUUGCUUUACUUGCUUAUGCUAAUGUGAGCAGGAUUUGGUUUUGUUCAAGACACAUACUCAGGAGAUCAUGUAGUUGGUAUGAUGAACUAUAUAGCUGUUCAAAAAACUUUGAAUAUGUUGGUACACAUUGGAUUCCAAGGAAUCAGAGUUUACCAUGUGAUUUAAGAGCAUGGCUCUCUUCAGAGUCGCAAAUGAAUAUGUCUGAUACAACUGAGGAAAAAAUAUUUGAAAAAUCCUUCGUAGAAGAAGCAUUUGACACAAAUGAAAUAAGUUUUGAUACAUCUAACGAAAUUACAAUUGAUUUUCCAAAAUUAUCACAAGAAAAUGCUUCAACUGAUAAUAUAUUAAGUGACGAUUCAAGUUCAGACAAUGAUGAUAUAGAUGAUAUUGGAGAAGUAAUAACUCGAGAGACAUUUGAGGAAAAUCUUCCAAAAGUGUCACCCAAUCCUGAAAUUCCCCUGUCAAGAAAACGUAAAUAUGUGACUGACAAUAAAAGAAAAACAACGGGGAAAUUUAAAAAAAUUAAAUCAAAAACAUAAAAAAGGGAAUCGAGCAAUAUCAAAGUUGAAAAUCAAAUUAAAGAAAUAGAAAUUGAUUCAAUUUUGAUAUAUGUUUUAUAUAUAAGACUGACAUAUGCAUCAAAUGUGAUGUAUAUGAAUUAAAGCUAGAAGCAUAUGCUUAUGGUGCUUAUGUAAAAGUAUAUGCUCCCGGCUUAACUCGUGAUAUUUAUCACAUUUAUCAUAUUUAUUAAAGAUUUAUUUAAAGAUUUU